ACGAAACUACCCCUAUAAACUUUAUAUAAAGAACCCCAUUCUCAUUCCUCUCUUCGACAUCGACAUCGACAUCUCUCUCUCUCUCUAUCUAUCUAUCUCUUACCGGAAAAAACUCACUCCGACUUACAUCUCCGGCGUUAAAGUCUCCAAACCGAAUCGAAAAUGGCCAAAGGAGGAAACAAACUGAUGAAGUUGAAGUCAGUUUUGAAGAAGCUCAACUCAUUCAACACCAAGCCAAACCAGCCAUCGUCGGCUCCAGCUAAUCACGGCCGAUCCUCCGCCGUGAGUGCAUUUCCCUCUGAAUAUCUUCAAACCGUCUACGUCGGCCGAACACGUCGACCGUACCAUGUGAGCUCCGACGUAGUCAGCCACCCGCUCUUUCAGCAGCUAGCGGCGGUGGAUGGUGGCUGUGGCGGCAGCGAGGAUGGUUCCAUCUCCGUGUCGUGCGAAGUUGUCUUGUUUGAGCAUUUACUUUGGAUGCUGGAGAACGCCGACGCCGACGAGUCACGCCCCGAGUCCGUCCACGAACUCGUCGAGUUCUACGCUUGUUAACUUCUUUACAAUUAAUUUAGGUCCGUCCGAAAU